AUCCGUCACGUGACUCGCCCUUUUUGCAAGAUGGAGUUAAGCGAGUCUGUGCAGAAGGGGCUGCAGCUCCUGGCCGAUCAGUCUGCCGUGAACCACCGCAGCUUUCAGGUGCUGCUGGAUGUCUCCUUCCGGGGUCUGCUCUCCUCCCGGGCCGACCCCACAGUCCUCGAUCAGCCCGAGCUGAAGCACAUGGACAGGAUCCUGCUGAAGCAGAGUCACGCAGCCCUGACCACCUUCAUCCUGGAAGCGGUCAAACACAACGCCGACAAGUCCACGACGAGCUCCUGCCUUGAGGAGCUCACAUUCAGCACAGACAGAAUAGAAAUAUUCUUCAGCGCAUAUCAGUCAGAUCAUGUUGAUCUUAAUAAAAAAAAAAUUUUCUUUUAAUUACAUUUAACGACUGCAGUUUUGACUAACUUGUGUGGGUGGUAAACUGGGGUUUGCUUUGUUUUACAGAAACAUAAAAAUGACAUAGAGCGUCUGUUGAGCAGCAUGGGCAGACGUCCCCCUCACGUCAACGACGUAUCGUGGCGUCUGCAGUACCACAUGAAGAACGGGCAGCUGGAUAAGAUCAACGAGCCUUUCUACCUGAUCUCUCUGAACACGGAGAAUGAAGGAUCCUCGGAGGAUAUCAACUUCUCCUGCACAACGGAGCAGCUGCAGGAUCUGGUGUCAAAGUUGAAAGAUGCUGCCAAGAGUGUGGAGAAAGCCAGUCAGAUCUGCAGCUUCAAAGCUCCUCAGUUGGAGCUGCGCAGCGGCUCGGAUUCCAUAAACAUCCCAAAUUCCUCCAUGCUCAGCCGGCUGCGAGCGCUUCACCGGCAGCUCGCCGACUUUUUGUUUUGGUUCGACAUCCUGCGUCGUUCUGAUUACUGGCGAGCCGCCACGCGAGCUCAAAGCAAUGGGAGUUGCCAUAGAAACGGUCAGGUUCCCCCCGCCCCGCGCCCCACCACCACCACCACCCCUGCACCCGAUCGCCUCCUUUCUGUCAACAUGCAUCGGACCACCAGGAUAAAGAUCACCGAGCUCAACCCUCAUCUCAUAUGCGUCCUCUGUGGAGGAUACUUCAUAGACGCAACCACCAUCAUCGAAUGCCUCCACUCUUUCUGCAAAAUGUGCAUUGUGCGCUACCUGGAAACGAGCAAAUAUUGUCCCAUCUGUGAUGUACAAGUGCAUAAAACGAAACCCCUGCUCAACAUUAGAUCUGACAAAACACUGCAGGACAUUGUGUACAAACUGGUCCCAGGCCUCUUUAAAAAUGAAAUGAAAAGAAGGAGAGACUUUUAUGCAGAGCAUCCUGUAGAUGCUUCCAACGGUUCACAUGAGGACCGUGGCGAGGUGGCGGACGAGGAUAAGAGAAUUAUCACCGAUGACGAGAUCAUCAGCCUCUCCAUCGAGUUCUUCGAUCAGACCCGACUUGUAGGCGGGGUGGAAGACAAGCAAACGAAAGAUCAGGUGGCUAACAAGAGGUACCUGCAGUGUCCAGCUGCCAUGACAGUCAUGCAUCUGAGGAAGUUUUUGCGCAGCAAGAUGGACAUCCCAAACACAUAUCAGGUUGAAGUCAUGUAUGAAGACGAGCCUCUCAAAGAUUACUACACAUUAAUGGAUAUAGCUUAUAUCUACACUUGGAGAAGGAACGGACCCUUACCUCUGAAGUACCGGGUCCGACCCAACUGCAAGAAAAUGAAGGUGAACCACCCCCAGCAGGAGGGUCAGAACAAUGCAAGCAGGUCCGGUCCGGAGAGCGACUCUGCCAGCGACAAAGCAGGGAGUCCCGUCGGGGCUCCCUCCACCUCGUCGUCCCUGCCAAGCCCCGGAACCCCCGCGCAGUCCCCGCAUCCUCAGCUCCCUCACGGCCCGGGCAACAACAGCAGCAGCACCGUGAACGGAAGUUCAGCUGCUGUCUCAGCCGCGGCGGGAGCUCAGACCCCGAGCCGGUCCUUCGGCCAGUUCAGCGGCGGCAGCGGGGGCGGCAGCGGCGGGAAGCCGCGGAAGGUGUCCCUGAACGGCUCGGCGACUUCGUCCGGAUGACGCGGAGCUCCGGAGCCGACCUGCCAACGCCAGACUCCCCGCUCAGCUCCUGCAUUUUCCACGCCAACGUAGUUCCACUGUGUAGACAAUGUUCUCUCUCUUUCUGUCUCCAUUCGUCGUUCUGAAUAUUAUGGCAUCAUUUGUAAGUUUAAACGUAGUGGAACCACAGACAUUUCAAAAUAAAAAAAGAAGAAGGGUGAAAUGGGAAAUUCAGUCUGAAAGGAAAAUGUUGGAAGGGGAGGAGAAAGAAGAAGAAAGUUGGAUAACAUGUCUCCCCCCUUUAAAAGCUACAUCUUUAUUUUUACAGGAGUGACUGAAGGUGACACUUAGAUUUUUUUUUUUUUUUUGUCUCUUCAAUUUAAAGGUGUUUCUCAUGAUUAAUUCAUGUGUGUUGGGAUAUUUUCAAGCACAGUUUAAUGCGCAUGCUCAUUGUGACUUCUCUGUUCAGGAAGAGGCUUCAGGGUUCGGACCCCUUUUCUAGAGUUUUUGGAAGUGUUUUGGGCGUCAGGCGUUUGUGAAGCUGGAAGCAUCAAUGGGAGACAAAUAAAAGCAUUUCUGCCUUUUACUGGAAAACAAACAAACAAAAAGAAAAGAACACCCUUCCUUGUAUCUGGACUGUUCAUCCUUCACGUCUUUUAAAGGUUUCCGCGUGUAAAUAGAGACAAAGUGCAUAUUUAAUCAGCCAUGGUGUUAUUCUCUGCCCUUUGUUCUAAAGGAAGGACUUGGCUUCAUUUCACGACAGAUGUUUUCAUGUCUCUGUUUUCUGUAUUUGUAUCGCUCAAUUGUAUGAACAACUUACCGUAUUGUUACUGUUGCACAGUAUAAAACAUCUAAAUAAAACAUUUUACACUUAUGCAGAAAA